ACAUGGAGAUCCUGAUUGGAAAAGAGAGAGAUAAGAGUGCUUUUGUGAGUAGAAUCCAAGAAGAUAUUUGGUCAUUUAUACAGAUUCUCAUAUUAGCAUCAUUCUCAUCAUGCUGACUCCUGAACUUGACUUCAGUCAAGUACAUUUAGGGUCCCUUUCUCAGGCUCUCCCAUGAAGGGUUGCCUGAAACUUGCCCCAGUUUUCUUGACUAAAGUCUAGGUGACAUCUGUGCUGCAGCAGCUUUUUACAAUCAUCUCAGAGGCUUAGCCUCAAAAAGCUCUGAAUCUGUGGAAGACAGUUGCUGCCUGCACCAGGAAGAUGGGCAAUCAUACCACAGUGAGCACAUUCCUUCCGUGGGGGUUUUCCAGUUUCCCAGACUUGCAGGGUCUUCUCUUUGUGAUGAUUUUCUUCUCCCGUGUGACCAUCCUAGCUGCAAAUGUUUCCAUAAUGGUGACCAUCAAACUCAGUCACAGCCUUCAUACCUCCAUGUUCUUUUUCCUCUGUGGCCUGUCCUUUUCAGGAAACUGUACCACUAUGGCAAUCAUCCCCCGCAUGUUAGUGGACUUGCUUUCUGACAGCAAGACCAUUUCUCUUCCUGAGUGUGCCACACAGAUGUUUUUCUUCUUUGGUUCGGCAGCCAAUAACUGCUUCAUCAUGGCUGCCAUGUCCUAUGACUAUUAUACUGCCAUUCACAACCCACUGCACUAUCGCAUCUUGAUGACCCAUAAGAUCUGCUCUCAGUUCAUCAUGGCCUCUUGGAUGGUUGGGUUCCUGGUUUCCCUGUGCGUCAUCAUCAUUGUAUUCAACUUGUCUUUCUGUAACUCCAGCAUCAUCCAGCACUUCUUCUGUGACAUCUCACCUGUGGUCUGCCUUGCCUGUGACUACACCUCCCGUCAAGAAAGGGCUAUUUUUGUGCUCUCUGCCUUCGUGUUGGUGGGCAGCUUUGUCUUCAUCACGAUGUCCUAUGUCUUCAUUGUGUCCACAGUUGUAAAGAUGCCCUCUGCCCAGGGGAAGGAUAAGGCCUUCUCCACUUGCUCCUCCCAGCUCACUGUGGUGUGCAUACACUACGGAUUUGCUGGCUUUGUCUACCUGAGGCCCAGGGACAGGGACUCAUUGCGUGAGGACAUGCUGAUGGCUGUCACAUUUACAGUGCUGACACCUCUGCUGAGCCCCAUCGUGUACAGUCUCAGAAACAAAGAGAUGCAGAUGGCCCUGAGGAAGGUACUAGGCAAGACAGAUACGCUCAUUUCACAGAUGGUGAAUAAAAGGACACUGGACAUUUAAAAAUGUAUAGACUGCUGAUAAAUAAAAGUAGAAAAAGUGGAGUAUUUCCAAUGAAAUCGUCUCUUUGUGUACAAAGCAAUUAAAGUAUUAACUAAUUACCUAAAAUAUCCUGACAUCACCAUUUUUCUAGUACAGUGUAUAGUUUUAAAAUAUGUGUAAACAUGUUUGUGUGUGGUGUACACAUACGUACAUAUAAGCAUCCUUAAAGAAUCCAAA